UAAAACCGGCAAUUAUGUUCCAGUUCCUGUUUAAUGAAGAAUUCACUUUUAAGAAAGGUUCUUCCUUUUCAAACAGGUCUGAUCGGGAGUGCUCUCAUAAUGUUCGGGAUACUGACAAUCUCGACCUCGUACCAGAACGCCUCCACAUUCCAACUGAGACUGGUCAUUAUUUGCUGGUUCCUGUUCACACUGCUGUUCACAACGGCUCUGACCAGCUCCAUCGUGACCCGCCUUACCCUCCCCCUCUACACUCGGAGGGUGGACUCUGUACAGCAGCUGGUUGAGGGUGGUUACUACUGGACACAACCUGACUACCACAACCGACGAGCUACUCUCUCUGAGUUCUACUUUGACUUGCACAAUACCUGGCAUCAACAGUUUGAAAAUAGGUACACCUAUAUAGAACAGCAACAAAUUGAGGAACAGCUCAAUAAAAACCAUAACCUGGUGUUUCUUAGCCAGCGAUGGGGGGAUUGGGUCAUUUUGCAAAAUGUCGACUUGCGUAAUGAAAAGCAAUUGUUGGGGAACUUCAGAGUUAUGCGUGGAUCUACGAGGUAUGCGUACACAUCAUUCUCCUUCAGGAAACGCUUUUCAUUCAACAAACUGUUUACUAGAACCAUUCAACAAUUUCUUGAUCACGGUUUGUGGGCCUUUUGGGUGCGUAAAUUUACUGGAGAGGACUACACCAGGAAGCAACUUCUAGCAGAAAAAGAUGUCCAGGAGUUCAAUCAACCAGAGCGACUGACUUUGGCGAAACUACAUCCUGUGUUUUAUUUACUCCUUAUUGGACUGUCAUUUUCUUCUCUUGUGUUUUCGAUUGAGUACUGUUACUUUAAUUCUUAGUUUUUUAUUAUUUGUACAACGUAUAAAACAAGCAUAUAUUUAUGAUACUAAUUAGUAACUUAACAAUUUUUGAAACCAGUCAAAUCCCUACAAACCUUUUUAAUUUACAAUUAAACAGUUAUUUAAUUUAUUAAUUUACUUAAGAACAGCCUUUGUAUUUUACAGUAUUUUUCUUGAAUAAUGUUUUUUUGUCGAACUAUA